GUUUGUGAAGGGUAACAUGUACAACCAUGGCAAAAUCAUGUUUUCAAGUCGCUGCAGACCUUUUAUCCAAAUGUGAUCAGCAAAGGUUGGAGUGUGCCGGCGUGGCGAACUGGCCAUGGAGUGGCGAUCAAGCGCAAUGCCACUGGGGCAAUGCGUUUGUGGCCUGGGAGUCGACAUGUUGUGGCGAAGAGAUUUCCAAGAAGAAUGCUGACUGCUUCGAGCUGCCAGAAUGUGAAGCAUCACCCAGAGAGGCUGGUCUGCUGUUAGUGGUGGCUGUCCCUGUGGUGCUGGCAGGCAUUCUGCUUCUGGUGCGGUGUUUGUGCCAGCGCCAAGUCGACAGCAGAGAGCUGCAAGAGUCGCAUGAAACGGAGAUGGCUGCGACGCAGGAGAAGGGCGAAGGUCUGUCAGGUGCUCCUCCUGCGCAUUGGGGUGGGGGCUUAGCCUUGGGCCCACGGGCAUCUGGAGUCGAGAAAAAGGCUCCGGAGUCUCUGGAGCGUGCGGUGCCUCCGGUGCUUCCCGUGAGCCCGAAGCCGCGGAAGUCCAAAAAACGCAAGUCCGAAAGGGUGACCUUCAGGACUCAGGACUCAGUGAUGGAGUUCCCAACACCAUCCGUUUCUUCCCUUCAGGAAGCACCUGAACCUGCUGAACCUGCUGCACCUGCUGCACCAGCUGCGGCAGCUGCGCCUGCCAAGAAGGAAUCCGUGGUGCCGAAGGCCGCUAUCGAGACGCCAGGAGCGGCAGAAGCUUCAACAACAACGCCAGCAGCUGCGCCGGCAAGUAAGGGCGGUGGCAAAGGACCUGCCAAAGGAGCGAAGGGGUCUGCUGAAGGCUCCCCUGAAGCUGCUUCAACAACAACGCCAGAAGCUGCGCCGGCAAGUAAGGGCGGCAAAGGGUCUGCCAAAGCUGCCGGAGUCGCAGCGUGCGAUCCAAAUCGUGGCGAAACCAUCACUGGAGCAAAUCUGGAGGAAGAGGUGACCCUGUGGAUCCAAGCUGUCUCCGGCGACAGCAGAGGUGACGAAACCUUUGGCAAGUGGCUGAAGGAUGGACGGGUUCUUUGCAGCGUUGCAAACAAGAUCCAACCAGGCAUUAUUCCCAAUGUGAACUCUUCCAAGAUGCCUUUCAAGCAGAUGGAGAAUGUGACUGCGUUCAUCCAGGCCUGCCGGAAGCUGGGUGUGUUGGAGAAAGAUGUUUUUUCCACAGUGGACCUCUUUGAGGCCAAGAAUCUGGCUUCUGUCCAGAGGUGCAUCUUCAACCUGGGUGCAGCAGUGCGGCGGACGGCUCCAGACUUCCAAGGCCCCUUCCUGGGAGUGGCGCAAAAUGCCAAAGUUGGAGACAAGAAACGCGAGAGCCAGGUGCUAACCCAGUACACUGGCCUGCGGCAGGACAUCGCCGAUGAGCUGCGCUCUGGGCACAACGUCCGCGUGGCCGGGCAAGGGCCGUAGCGCCGGAGCGCCGUAGCGCCUUAGCGCUGUAGGUGUGUCGUCGAGGUCAUCGAUUUCUACCGAAAAAGCGCCCGGCGAAAUGGGGUGACGAGAUAUGAUAAGAACGACCGUUGAGAUUGAUGCUUUUUGACUUU